AUGGACAGUUACCAGACCAUGGACUCAGACGCUGACGGUGGAUCAAAGAACUACCCAUUGACUCUUCCAAGGGCUGUAAGGGGUCUGGCAUGCUUGGUGGUUUACCUUUUGACUGCUUUCAUAUUUUUGAUCUAUUUGGGCACUGCAGCUGCUGUUUUGCUCCGCCUUUUUAGCAUACAUUAUAGUAGGAAAGUUACAUCCUUCCUUUUUGGUCUCUGGCUAGCUUUGUGGCCCUUCUUAUUUGAAAAGAUCAACAAAACAAAGGUUAUAUUUUCUGGAGAAACUGUUCCAGAAAGGGAACGCAUACUACUUAUUGCUAACCAUAAAACGGAAGUUGACUGGAUGUAUCUUUGGGAUCUUGCACUACGAAAAGGCUGCAUAGGAGGCAUCAAAUAUGUCCUUAAGAGCAGCUUGAUGAAAUUACCAGUUUUUGGUUGGGGAUUUCAUGUGUUGGAGUUCAUUUCAGUUGAGAGAAGAUGGGAAGUAGAUGAAACUAUGAUGCAAAAGAUGCUAUCAACUUUUACCAAUCCGUUGGAUCCAUUAUGGCUCGCUGUUUUUCCUGAAGGAACUGAUUUUACAGAACAGAAGUGCAUAAGAAGCCAAAAAUUUGCUGCUGAAAAUGGACUGCCUACUCUGAAGAAUUUGUUGCUUCCCAAAACAAGAGGUUUCCAUGCUUGUUUGGAAAUCUUAAGGGGCUCUUUGGAUGCAGUGUACGAUGUGACAAUAGCAUACAAGAACCGGUGUCCCACUUUCUUGGACAAUGUCUUCGGCAUAGAACCGUCAGAAGUUCAUGUUCAUGUGCGUCGCAUCCCUCUAGACGAUAUCCCCGCCUCACAAAGUGAAUGCAAUGCUUGGCUCUUACGUACAUUCGAACUCAAGGAUCAGUUGCUUUCGGAUUUCAUCACACAAGGUCAUUUUGAAAACCAAGGAACCGAAGGCGAGCUAUCGACAAUAAAAUGCUUGGUAAAUUGCACACUAGUUUUAGCCAUCACUUGUGUAUUUACAUAUCUUACAUUCUUCUCAUCUGUUUGGUUCAAAAUAUACAUUGGCCUAGCUUCUGCAUACCUUGCUUCUGCUACAACUUUCAAUUUUCACCCGUCGCCGAUUCUUGAAUACGUGAAACUGUUAUCAUCUCGAAAGAAGCUAAUCUAG